AUGAUGAAGCUGCAGCUCCUGCUCUUCGCUCUCUUCGCAUCUCUUGCACAAGCCCAGUGGAAGGGUUGUUCCAGUCCCUGGCCCAACAUUACCCCGGGCAAAGAAUUCACCAUCAAAGAUAAAUGUCGCACUCUUGCAGGCUAUCCAAAGAAAUUUGAAGAGGCCAAUACAGAAGUCACCGUGACGUAUACGCAGCAAUGGAGCCGUCUACCCAGCAAGAGCAAAGCAGCCGUAAACCCAAUCCUCAAAGAAUCUCUCGAGAAAAGCAUGGAAGUCUACCGCAAAUUUGCAAAACUCCCAUCGAGCAUUAUCAUCAUCCUGACGACAGAAAGUGAUGAAGAUUUUACAGCCGAGACUGUUUAUCCCAAUCUCAGGAAGCCACCAUGUCAAAUCAAGCUGUUCAACAGAUGGACCACCGAAGCAACGACGAACAAACCUCGGGUGCUACAGGCUCUUGCGCACGAAAUAUACCAUUGCAUACAGGAUCUUGGAAAACUCGGGAAUUCUGUUGAUCCGCAGUGGGUUCGUGACGGCUCUGCGAAUUAUUUCAGUAACCUCGUCUUUCCUGACUCCAACGCUGAAUGGCCUGAUAAAAAGCAUAGCGGCGUUGCGUAUAAGCCUAAUUUGCCAAUCUAUGCACAUGUCGGUAAAGAAGCUUACGCAACUAGCAUCUUUUUCCAGGCGCAAAAGAAAAUGGAUGAGGAUGCUAUAAACAAGUUUGUCCUUGCGACGCCUGGGGGAUCAACCGGCCUUCAAGAACGAGCUCGUCUAUCAGACUUAUCUGGUUUUGCUGAUGAGUUCUUCACUUUCGCAAAAGAUUUUGCACUACAGCAGAUCAAAGACACCAAUGGAGAUCUCAUUCCGAUCGACAAAAUCAACCCCGUUUCUGCGUCAAUCAAGUUUGACAAAGCGGGCACCACCGGCACCGCAACGCUCACAAGCACGCCGUUCACUAUUUCGGUCUUCAAAAUUACUAUUGACCCUGGGCGGACGGCAAAGAUUUACUCAUCGGCGAAUGAUAACCAGAAGCUUGCUUACCGAAAGUCCGACGCCAAAUCGUGGACCGACAUGGCUACCGAUUCCUCUUCUGGACGCACCAUUGAUCUUCCGUGCAAUCAGAAAAACACUAAACAGACAUACAUCAUUGUAUUCAUCUCAACUAAAGAUGUGAAGAGUGAUAAAGUGAAAAUCACGGUUGCGACGAGCAAGCCGAAAAAGUGCGGCGCAAGAAGCGGCUUCGUUCUGUAUCCUCUAUUUAACCCUACAACUAGUGGCGGAUACUGUCCCAAGGGAACACAUUCUUCCAGGCUAGCUAUUUGGUGCUGCCCAGACGGGACACAACUGGAUGAACAUGUAGCGCAGCAAGUCAGCAUCUGCUGUCCAACAGGUCAGUCUCGUGUUGUAAAUGUUGUUACGCUGAUAGGCUAA